AUGUCUGAAAUUACUCUAGGUCGUUACUUGUUCGAAAGACUAAAGCAAGUCGAUGUUAACACCAUCUUCGGUUUGCCAGGUGACUUUAACUUGCGUCUAUUGGACGAAAUCUACGAAGUCCCAGGUAUGAGAUGGGCUGGUAAUGCCAACGAAUUGAACGCUGCUUACGCUGCUGACGGUUACGCCAGAAUCAAGGGUAUGUCUGCUUUGAUCACCACUUUCGGUGUCGGUGAAUUGUCCGCUUUGAACGGUAUUGCCGGUUCUUACGCCGAACACGUUGGUGUCUUGCACAUCGUUGGUGUUCCAUCCAUCUCUUCCCAAGCUAAGCAAUUGUUGUUGCACCACACCUUGGGUAACGGUGACUUCACUGUUUUCCACAGAAUGUCUGCCAACAUCUCUGAGACCACCGCUAUGGUCACUGACGUUACCUCUGCUCCAGCCGAGAUUGACCGUUGCAUCAGAACCACUUACAUCAAGCAGAGACCAGUGUACUUGGGUCUACCAGCCAACUUGGUCGACAAGAUGGUCCCAGCUUCCCUUUUGGACAAGCCAAUCGAUUUGUCUUUGAAGCCUAACGAUGCUGAGGCCGAGAAGGAAGUUGUUGACACCGUUUUGGAAUUGAUCAAGGACGCCAAGAACCCAGUUAUCCUGGCCGAUGCUUGUGCUUCCAGACACAACGUCAAGGCUGAGACUAAGAAGUUGAUUGACUUGACUCAAUUCCCAUCUUUCGUUACCCCAAUGGGUAAGGGUGGUAUUGACGAGAAACACCCAAGAUUCGGUGGUGUCUACGUUGGUACUUUGUCCAGCCCAGAGGUCAAGGAGGCUGUUGAGUCUGCUGACUUGAUCUUGUCUGUCGGUGCUUUGUUGUCUGACUUCAACACCGGUUCUUUCUCUUACUCUUACAAGACCAAGAACGUUGUUGAGUUCCACUCCGACUACAUCAAGAUCAGAAACGCCACUUUCCCAGGUGUUCAAAUGAAGUUCGCUUUGCAAACUUUGUUGUCUAAGGUCGCUGAUGCUGCCAAGGGUUACAAGCCUGUCCCAGUCCCAGCUGCUCCAAAGGCCAACGCUGCUACCGACGCUUCUACUCCAUUGAAGCAAGAAUGGCUAUGGAACCAAGUUGGCAAGUUCUUGCAAGAAGGUGACGUUGUCAUCACUGAGACCGGUACUUCUGCUUUCGGUAUCAACCAGACUCACUUCCCAAACAACACCUACGGUAUCUCUCAAGUCUUGUGGGGUUCCAUUGGUUUCACCACUGGUGCUACUUUGGGUGCUGCUUUCGCUGCUGAGGAAUUGGACAAGAACAAGAGAGUUAUCUUGUUCAUCGGUGACGGUUCUUUGCAAUUGACCGUUCAAGAAAUCUCCACUAUGAUCAGAUGGGGUCUAAAGCCAUACUUGUUCAUCUUGAACAACGACGGUUACACCAUUGAGAGAUUGAUUCACGGUGAGACUGCUCAAUACAACGAGAUUCAAUCUUGGAAGCACUUGGAAUUGUUGCCAACUUUCGGUGCCAAGGACUACGAAGCCGUUAGAGUCGCCACCACUGGUGAGUGGGACAAGCUGACUCAAGAUGCUGCUUUCAACAAGAACAGCAAGAUCAGAGUUAUUGAGGUUAUGUUGCCAGUUAUGGACGCUCCAACCUCUUUGGUUAAGCAAGCUCAAUUGACUGCUGCUACCAAUGCUAAGGCCGAGUAA